ACCCACUGGCGCCUGGCAUGCAACCCGACCCCGGCCGCCAUCUGGAGUGCAACUACGCAUAAAUAACAGGCGUCAAUCCCGUCGUCCCCGACUCGUAGAUCCACUUUGCACUCCGCCGCGUUCUGGCGCCAGCAAUGUAUCGAGGCAGUCCUCGGGUGGCUCAAGCGUUGGCAGUGUCACGACGGUGCCUAGGGCUCGGCAGAGAGAUAGAGGAACUAUGCAUCUUCAGUGGUAGUCUUCACGAUUACUCUUUUUCUGGGUUUAGGAAGCAGGUAUUAUUGGCCCAGGACGGGAUGAUGAGCUGCUUUGUAUUCUUUGUGCAUGCUGGUAUUAUUUUGGCGUUUCAACAUUAUCCAAGGCGUUGGCAUCAGGUCGGCUGGGUCUGUGAGGGUACUGCUGGUAAGCAGCGUUUGGGAGUUGCAUAGGUAAUCAAUCACAGACCUCCACGGUCAAUUGCACAAUCACUCGUCAUCAGUCUUGAGACAAAAUCAGCAGCGAAGAUGCACAGAACUUGGUCGGGGUGUG